GAGAGAUUUGAGAUGUGAACCCAGGCAGUCUGAUGACAGAGUAGUGACGAAAAUUCAUGAGUCAGGACACAGCUAUGACCAACGGGGCUGGCUAACCCCAGGAAAGGGAAGUUUUGUUGUAGAGUCUGGGAGAGGUGGGGGGAGCGCUUGAAAGUCUGGGAGGAGCCCCUGGACCCACAAAACUCUCUGAGCCAGAUCUGAAUGGUACAAGAAAGCAGGAGCCGGGACCAUGAGCCGCCUGCUGCUGCAGCUGCUGUGGAUUUCCACCUGCAUCCCAGCUUCCUGGGCCCUGAGCUGUGUGCGGUGUGACAGUAACGAGCGCUGCGAGGAGGAGGAGUGCGCCCCGGGCCUGGACCUCUGCAGGACCACCGUCCUGCGAAUCUGGGAAGACGACGUGGAGGAGGUAGAGAGGGGCUGUGCUGAUCUGUCGAAGACCAACAGAACUAUGAGCUACCGUGUGGAGGCGAAGAUCUUCAGCCUCUGGGAGACAGUGUGCGGCUCUGACCUCUGCAACCAGCCCAGGCCUGGCCGGGCGCCCUCCUUUCCUAUGGGCCGUUACUUGGAGUGUAUGUCUUGCAGCUCAUUGGGAAUGAGUUGUGAGAGGGGCAGGGAGCAGAGCCUGCAAUGCCGCCAUCCCAGAGAGCAGUGCCUGGAGGUGGUGACCUACCACAGCCUGGGAACACACACAGGGAGCAGGAAGGAUGAGCAGCACAUCAGAGGCUGUGGCAGACUUCCUGGCUGCCCAGGCCCCACCGGUUUCCACAGCAACGACACUUUCCACUUCCUGCGGUGUUGCAACUCCACCAAGUGCAACCAGGGCCCAGUCGUGCAGCUGCAGGAUCUGCCGCCCAAUGCCGUGGAGUGCUACAGCUGUGAAGGGAAUGGCACUCAUGGGUGCUCCUCAGAGGAGGCCGCCCUCAUCCCCUGCCGAGGCCCCAUGGACCGAUGCCUGGAGGCCACUGGUACCAAAGGGAUGGACAACCUGAACUACACAGUGCGAGGCUGUGCGACAGCCUCGUGGUGCGAAGGCUCCCACGUAGCUGACAUCUUCAGCCUGACGCGAGUCAGUGCAUCCUGCUGUACCGGCAAUGGCUGCAACCACCCAGCUGGAGAUGCCCAGUAUCGCAGUGGUGGUGGCUCCCGGCCCCGCCCUGCCUACCUCGGCCUCACCAUGACCCUUCUCAUGACUGCCAGACUAGGGGGGGGUCUUCUCCUCUGGACUUGAUCCCUGAAGCCUUCACCCUGGCUGGAUCCAGGGACCCCUUUGCCCUUCCCUCAGUUCCGUCUCUGCAGACUUAUGUGCCAGUGCACUGUCCUCUUGGUUUCCUCCACUGUCAAAAAACAAAAAGUGU